AGACAUUGAAUCAAGCCCACCAAUAGCAAAUUCCACCAGAAGAACUGAUUGUGUCUUCCUCUGACACACACAUACACAUCGCCCGUGUAUGUGGAGAGCGGUAGUUCUAGUUCGACCAAAGACCGCAUUGCGAUUUUCAAGACCACAAGUUGCAUUGAAGGGCCGCAACCCCAAUCGCAUCUCGGCUGCUUCAUACAGCAUGUCGUCUCCAAUGGCCGGACCAGAACCGCCACCAAUUCCUGAGUGUGAAGCAAGCAAGUCAAAGGGUGAAGUUCCGGCAGCACAAUCACAAUCACAUCCUCCUUUGCCGAAACUCUCCAUGCAGGACUUUCACGUGUUUAACCGCUUGGCCUCCCUCAUGGAACGAUAUCAUAACCAUUUUCGACAAGUAUGGAACAUGCUAUACAAUGCGUGUUGCACGGGGUCGCGACCCCAGGGCAUGUCGAUUCGGUCGUUCAUCGCCCAAGGCCUCAAUCUGUGUCGUAUGAUCACCAUGCAUCACAUGAUUGAAGAACAGGAAUUCUAUCCUCCCCUCGCGGAGCGAAUGCCCAUGUUUAGGGAUGACGAGCAUUUGAUUGGUCAACAUGCCCUCAUCCACGAUGGCUUGGACAAGUUGCAAGAGUAUUUGGGAAAGUGUCAAGAUGGCGAGAUCGAACUGAGGUUGGCUGAGAUGAAGUCAAUUAUGGACAGCUUCGGCGAGGUCCUUUGGGCCCAUUUGGAGGAUGAAGUGAGAGAUCUUGGUGCUGACAAUAUGAGGAGGUAUUGGAGCAAAGAUGAGAUCCAGGCACUUCCCUUCUGAGAGCCGGGUUGGUGCACAUGCAUAUCGCGCUGAUAGAGGCAGGUAAACGUCCCUGCAAAAUAAAUACUGGACAUCGAAGUUCUGCU